AUUCUACUUAGUAAACUUCUUUUAUCCUCCCAGUAUUAGCAGCGUCACGGAAAGGUACAAGAAAACCCACUGGAUCACGACAUUUGAACAUCAUAAAUCAUGGAUCGAAUCGGUCUUCUGAGUGUCCUUUUGGGUGUGAAAUUAGUUUUUGUUGUAGGCCAUCAUCAAAAGAUGCGGUUAGAAUGUGACGUUGUGAUACUCAAGGACAACAGCAAUGGCUCUGGCGUAUGCAUAGCCAAACGUCCUACAAAAAGCAGUAAAGCUAUAAUUACACUCGGUAAAAAUCACAUGAAGGGUGGAUUUCGUUUCCUGCUACAUAUAGCAACGAGGGCAGCUCCAAAAGGACAAAAAUUUGAGGUUACGCCAACUAAUCUGAAGCAGAUACAUAAAGAUCGAGUUUCUGCAGGAAGCAUGUCAUUGGUUUUCGCUGAUCCUGCUGUUACUGUGGUAAUCACAAAGUGCAAUCCCGUCCAUCUGCAGCGAUUUUUGGAGAAAAUUCUAGCAAUUCUGAAAGGAGAUGAAGUUUACUUGAAGGCUCUGGAUACGAUCAAACAAUCUGAUUUCAAAGCAGUUGUGAAGUCGUUAAAAGUGACGAGUGACAAUUAUCGGGGUAUCACAUAUCCUUCUUCGCUAGAAACGCUUGAGGUUUCUUCACUUGAUCUGCAAUCAGUUGAUAGUCGAUGGUUUUCGCUGCCUAUGUUAACCACUUUGGACCUGUCAUGUAAUCGUUUGGGUCAAGCAAGUAAUUUUGUAAAAAUCAAACUUGUGUCCAAGCUGAGGAACUUACGGGUUUUGUCCUUGGAGAGGAAUGAAAUCAACAUGCUACCACCCAUGUUCUUUGAUCUGUUGCCACCAUCACUGCUGGCGCUAAAUUUGUCUCAGAAUCUGCUGACUUCGCUGCCAGAGUCCAUAGUCAAAGCUAGAAACCUGCAAAAUUUGAAUUUGAGUCAUAAUCUUCUUACAAGUUUACCCAAAGAUAUUUCUGAUAUGCAGCUCCGGUGUUUAUUUCUUGACCACAAUCGAUUGCCUUGCUUACCAUAUGAUCUCAAAAUGAGAAAAUUCGAGAAGCUCUACUUUGAUUACAACCCUAUGAUUGCUGCAAUACCAGGAGUGCGGAAUCCCACUUUCCCGUCUUUGUGUGCGAUAGCAAUGGCACAGCUGCGUAAAUAUUCGCUUCCCGAAAAUGCUCUACCCUGGGAUCUAAAAAUGAUUGCCAACUUGCUAACCAUGAAGUGCUCUUGUUGCCGGAAGUGGACUCCUUCAUCGAUGUUAUCAUUAUCCUUUACUCGGGUUAUGGCCACUGAUUUUGCGAUGGAAACUGACAUGAUGCAGUCGAUAACAAUGCGAGCAUUCACUUGUCAAAGUUGUACUUACCGUGUAAAUGGCAGACGUCGUUGAUACUUUCUGUUUUAGUAAUGACUUUUAUGGGUAUCGUUUUUGUUAUCUUUAAUUUUUUUUUGUUCCUUUGCCAGAAUUGGCCCUAGUGGCUCACAUCUCAAGUUGCACAAGUCCAGCAUCAAUUCUAAUGAUAUGCAUUCGAUGUGAACUAUGCUCGAGAACAUUCAUAAUUUGCAGAACGUUCUGAUGCUUGUUCCAUGGGUGUUUUUUCCAGUGAUUUUCUCAAGUGAAGCUGGUUUGAACUUCUUCUGUAAGAUGUAGUGGUAAAUGUUUGAUCUGGUAGGUAUCACGUGUGUUUAUUGCCUGUGUUGUUUGUUAAAAGCAUUUGUACAGUAAAUAUGUUACUUGGAAUUUGUAAAUGAUUAGAUCUGUACUCUGACAGAACAACUAAUUUCUACUAUGUUGC